AUGAUGGUGUGUGUGUUAAUUCCUCUCGUCUUGACUGUCCUUCUGACUGAGACGUCUGCUUUACUGUCAUCUUCAGGGACGGAGCAGGUCUUUUCAUGCCCACCUCGGUGGCUCCUGUUUGGUCAGAGAUGCUUCGCUUUCUACCCUGUGUGGAGCUCCUGGAGCGAUGCCGAUUUAUUGUGCUCUCAGGCAGCUGGUAAACUGGCGUCGCUUCACACACCAGAGGAGAGACAGUUUGUCCGUCUGCUAGCAAACACACACACACCUGUGUGGCUGGGUGGAUACCAGGAACAGCAGAACUGGUUUUGGAGCGACGACUCCCCCUUCAGGAUGAGUGAUUGGACCAAGCAGUGGCAGGGAAAUACCAGCGAGGGAGGGGCUUGCAUGGAAAUGGAACCAAAAAGUGGAAAGCUGCACAGCGCCCCCUGUGGAGAGCUCAGGUUCUACAUCUGCUCCACCAAAGACAGCUCCUCUUCUAAAGUCGUCCCCAGUGACAGGAAACCAGGAAUCAUGCACGGUCUGAGUCUGUUUGAUGUUUUGUGGGGCAACAGCUACUUGUUGGCAGAGGAGAUUCGCCACUUGUCCUACUUUCUCAAGGAGCUCCGUUCUGGUCAGCUAACGCAGCGCUGCUACAACAACUUCAUGCAGCAGGAGGCGCUCUAUCUGCACAGAGUCAGCAGCACACUGGAGACCCUGAUGUGUAGUUUACAGGAAGCAGAUGAGAACACAAGAUCACUGCUGCAGGACACACUUCAACACUACCGCAGCAGAAACCAGAGCCCCCUCACUUCGCCUCCCCCACAGUGGCUCCACUUCGCCCUGCAGUCUUUCCACUCUGUGGUUUUGGAGGAGCCGAUCUAUUGGCUGGUGGCUCUGUCGGCCCGGGCCUGCCUCCGGGACUUUUUGGCUGAGCUCAAGCCUGGUUCCAAGUUGGUGUCUGGGUCUGAGGAUAAGGCCUCCAGCAUCUACCAGCAGUGGAGUGUUGAGAGUCUGAAGGAGGUCGCCUGGAUUCGCAGAUACAGAAAGGUGUUAGAGGAAUACCAGGACCAGAUAGACGUGUUUAAAGCCAUAAACAUCUUCCACGACCACAUGGUGAACCAGAAGAAUUUCUACAAGGCUGCAGACUGUGAUAUAGAGGAUGAAAAAUUAUGAUGAGGAGCAGGGUGUGUCCCCUGGUGAAGGGUUUUCCCAGACAAACAACUCUACUUCCUGUUGGCACCUGCUGGCCCAAUUACACAAUUGUUCACCUUGCUUGCAAACCUCAAGGAGUUGAAGGACGGCGCAUAUUAAAGCACAUUACACUUGUUUAGAUGCUGUUUUCUUGUGAAUGUGGAGGUAAAAACUUUGGUUAUCAUUUGUUAGAUUGAAGGAUAUUAUUAGCUUCUUUACUGUAUUUACUUUUUCUACCAACUCCACUAUGUUGCUGUUCUUCUACUAGAUGAAGGAUUUUCUGGAUAAGAGAGCGAAAUAAUGAACAAACUGUCAAUUAAUUUAAUCUUUAUUGACCAUUUAAAAAGAGGUUUAGUUUGGAUUAUUGUCUUCCUUUAUUUGACAGGGACAGUACAUAUUGAAAAUAUGCCAGUGAACCAGAAAGGCUACUUUUCAUCUGCAGUCGUAUUUAAACAGUACUGUAGUACUGUUUAUAGAAAGUAUACAAAGGGAUAAAUUACAGUACAUAAAAUGUAAAGGGGACUCAUUCCAUUAUAAAACAUUGUUAACAAAAUACAGCACAUAAACUAAAA